AUGACCAUCAAGCUGUCGAAAGCUUCAGAAGACACUGAGAAAGAAAAACCCGAGACAGACAAGCUGAAGGCGGUGGUGAAAAAUCUUAGAACGCAGGACAGCAAGACCAAUAUCGGCAGAAGGGAUAACGGCGCCCCUCGGCGUAGAUAUGGCAGAAGUAGAAGCAGGAGCCCGAGUAGGAGCAGAGGUAGGAGUAGAAGUAGAAGCAGAAGUAGGAGCAGGAGUCCGCCCAGAGACCAUUUUGGACGCAUCCUCAAAAAGAGACGCAGCCCCAGCGUUGACCGUGACCGUAAAAGCAGCAGGUACAGGCGAAGCCGGAGCCGAAGCCGAGAGAGAUCGAACAGGCUCACUAGGAGCCGCACUAAGAGCCGAAGCAAAAGCUCCAGCAGGAGUCGCAGCAGGAGCCGGGAGAGAAGCAAAGACAGAGGCGUCAAGAAGAGGAGCAAGAUCAGCAGAGAGCGCGAGGAAAGUUACAAGAGGAGGAGGGAGUUAAGCCCUCCGCCCAGAAGAGGCGUAGUCGUGGACGACGAGCUGGCGAGGAAGAAGCGCGAGCUGGAAGAGCUAAACGACAUGAUUGCGUACAAAAAGUCGCUGGUGGACCCUGGACAGAGAACCUGCAUCGACUACGACCAUGGCAGGAUUGCCGUCCCACUAACGGAGUACAAACCAGUCCGGUCCAUCCUGAAGAAAAGACCUGAGGGGCCCGAUUACCUUGAUCGUCCACCUCAGCCCUAUGACGAUCCUUAUUAUGACCGCCCGUACGCUCCUACCCAGAUCGGCGAUACGAUGACCGCUACGCUGAUCCGUACGCCAGUUGUUCCUACACUGAUCUCCCUUACGCUGAGCGUCCCUACAGCGACCGCCCUUACGAAAAGCCACUCUACGCUGAACCUUCCUAUGGUGCCCCUCCAUCUGCAAGCCAACGUUAUACCGAUCGCUAUAGUGUUUAUGAGGAACCCUUAGAUGAUCGCUACUAUGAUCCAGCAUAUCCAGGGAGACCUUAUGAUGUUUCCGUCAAACGCAGCCGGUCUCCAGAACCCCACGGUCCCUCACCUUCUUCUCAAGUUCCUGUUGCCUCCACCCAACCACCCUUGACGCAUAUUGCUGCCAUUUCAUCUUCCCAAUCCUCUUACAGACCUCCUUCUCCCAGAGAAGCGCCUCCUAGAAGCCCCUCGCCCAAACUGAAGCACACAACAGCACACAUGGCACCUCCAGCUGUGAAACAACCCCUUGAUCGCUUCCUUGACAUGCUUAAUAAAAAGGUGGAUGCUGACAAGAAAUCCGAACCUGUACAGGUUCCUGUACCGGUUUCUGUACCCGUUCCUGUACCGGUUCAUGUGAAUGAUGACCUUCUGCCUCAUGAGCGGGCAGUUCAAGAUGGCAGGGGUUUCUCUCGGAUUGUGGGAUUUUCUCAAGAGCAGCCCAGCAGCAGUCUAGCUCUAGAAGGGACAAAGUCACAGCUAAGUCCUAAAAGGUCCUCGGUAGAGAGAACAGAUGAGGAACCUAAGACCAAGACAGAACCCUACGACAAGAUCCAAAGUCUACUCCGUACGAUCGGCCUGAAGCUAAGUACAGGAGAUAUGUCCAAACUGGCGAGCCGGGCCCAGGAGAAAAUCUACAGCCCAAGGUCCCAAUCCACAGAAAGAGAGACGUCAUCAGCAAGGGAAGACCUGCAAACAAGAAGACCCGGUUCCAUUGAAUCAGAACAUACCCAUAGCCAUUCCCCUUCGCCUGCCAGAUCCUCCAGUUUGGAGCCACUUAGCAGGUCUCAAGCUGUCUCAGAGUAUGAAGGAUUCCUUGACCAGCAGGAAUUGGAGGCACUAAAGAAGGCACAACAGCUGCAGAGUCUUACAAAGACAUUGGGGAGCACACCCUCCACCACUCCUUCUCCGAAACCACCCCCUGGGCCUCCGCCUGCACAAUACCAACUUCCACCCCUACCAACCAACUGGCCCCUUGGAGUCUCUACCCAGAUUCCCCCAGAACAGAGCGCCACAAUCCCAGAAACACCCCAGAUAUUUGGACUUCCUGCAGGACCUCCCCCUGGACCUCCUCCACGGCGUCCCGGGCAGCCUCCUCCAGGACCGCCUCCUGGACCUCCACCCCGGCGCCCUCCCGGACAACCUCCUUUCGCUCCACCCUCCAGCCAUGCGGUAUUUCCUUUUAUUAGCAAGCAUCCUGUAACUUCACCUUCCUCCAGUUCUUCAACACCGCCAUCUUCUACACCUACGACAUCGAAUGCUGCUAACGAUAACCAAGCAACCAUCUCUACGACCGUGGCCAGAUGCCUGAAGGUCAUAGAGACGGUGAAAUCUCUGGCUGUGCAGCCACCGGCCAAACCGGUCAAAUCUGUCCAGUUCAGUUUACCCACAGUCUCUCCAUCAGACUCGAGUCCUCAGACCUCAACAGAGAUGGACGAUGACAUAAAGACCAAGCAGAAAGAGAAG